UUGUUGCUUCUAGUUCACCAUUCAGCUGAAGUCAUGAUUGCAAGUUGGAAAAACUGCUUUGAAGAGGAACUCUUGUGUCCCAUUUGCCUGAAUGUUUUUGAAGAACCUGUCCAGUUGCCAUGCAAACACAACUUCUGCAAAAAUUGCAUCUGUGAAGCGUGGGCCAAAGAUGGCACUGCUGUGCGCUGCCCUGAAUGCAACCAUGACUAUGAUCCCAAACCCACUCUGGAGAAGAACUUUAAGCUGUCCAACAUCGUGAAGCGUUUUAAUGCUCUCAAUGAUGAGAAAGUCCCUGCAGCACUGCACUGUGUUCUCUGCAGACGAAGGCCAUCGCUGCCUGUGCUCAAAGUGUGUCUGCGCUGCAAAGAGCCCUGCUGCCAAAGCCACAUCCACACACACCUGCAGCAGCCGUGCGCUGCCCCGGGACACCUGUUAGUGGAUGCAGAGGAGCUGAGUGCCUGGACCUGCCCCAGUCAUGAGGAGUACAGGCUGCUGCACUGUGAGGAGGAGCAGGUGGCUCUGUGCGCCUUCUGCUGCAUGUCCCAUUGCACCAACCAAAGGCACACUGUCUGUGACGUGGAGACUCAGCGGAUACAAAUGCAGACCAUGCUGAUGAAACAAGAAGACCAACUGGAGGAUCGUGUUCAGAACAUCGAUGAGCAGCUCUCCAAACUGGACUCUGACAAGACUCGGAUCAAGGAAGCAGUUUGUCAGUUAAAAGAGCGUGUACGAGCUCAGUAUCAGCGAAUGCAAACCCUGAUGGAGCUGACCCAGACUGAAACCAUGCACAUGCUGGAGCGCACUUACCGCUCUUAUGUGAGGAACAACUCUCAGCAGGUUAUGCAGCUCAAUGAGAUGCGCCACAAAGCAGCAAAACUCCUGGGCUCACUGCAAACAGUUGUACAGAGAUCACACAGCAUCAACUUCAUGAAGAACACAAAACCAUGCCAACUUCUGAUGAACAGGUCGCACUCACACCUCAGUUGUGCAAUUCCUCCUCUCAGAGUGGGGCAGCUCAGCUGUCAUCAGUUUCUGUCAGAACUAUUAGCAAGAGAAAAAAGUCUGCGAAAAAUACUGGACGUGCCAGUCCAUGAAGGGUCUGUCCUUGAACUUGUCCAGUCUCAUUGUAGUUCGGUCAACAUGCAUACAGUCUCUUCUGGAUUGCACAAAAGGAAAUACAGCAUGGCCUUUUUAGACAGAAACACUGGACUUGCUUCUUCACGAGAUCCUUCAGCUUUACUUUACAGCAGUAAAAAGCCUUUUCUUUCUGACCAGACUCACAGUGCAAUGUAUUCCGGUAACAGUCUGUCUCAGAGCCCCCACAGUGGCCCCAGUCAGAGGCAGCUGCUGGAUACUUCCUCUCCCCACCGGGUGGCCCUAGGCCCCAGCUCCAGUCACCACUCAGGGACUGUUUUUCCUUCUUCACAUUUUCCCAGCGGAAGUGCCUCCCAACCAGCCACCAUGUUUGAGGGGAGAAAGGUGCUCGUUUGUGCUCUGAAUAACUGCUGCUGCUCUGGGGCUGCGCCUGCACGCACGGGCCCCCCCUACACCCCCCCAGAACACUUCUCCUCUCUGUCCUCUCAGGACUUCAGUCAUCACUCCUCCAUCCCUGUGACUCAGCCUUUGCAUCAUUUUACAAUGCAGAGUUUGAUGGACACACCACAGGCCAACAGACACACCGACUUUUAUGGACUCUACGGACAGUCUUCUACAAAGCAUUAUAGAAACAAAUAACAUGAUUUGUUAUGUA